AUGCUCACACGAUACGGAGUCAUCUCAUGGCUCGCCCUGUCGACUAUGGCAGCCGCCAACCCUCAGCCAGCGCCUCCAGCCCAGCAGCAAUGCGAGCCCAAGACCGAGACGAUUGUGCACACCGUCCACGAGACCGUUCAUGUUCCUACAACAAUUCACAAGACGGUCCACGUCACGCUACCGGGAGAAGUGAAGACAGUCCACGUUCCCGUCCCGAAGACGAUACACCAAAUCGAGACUAUCCACGAAAAGAUACCCGUACACGUCACGGUUCAUGUUCCGACAACAAUCAAAGAGACCGUACACAUUACUCAGCCCCCACAGGUGGUGAAGGAGACAAUACACAUCACAGAAACGAAGAAGGAGGUCCAAACUCUUCCUCCUCAGGUGGUCAAGGAGACCGUCCACAUCACUCAGCCUCCUCAAACUGUGAAGGAGACAAUCCAUGUUACCCUUCCCCCUCAGACAAUCCAUGUCACUCAGCCUCCUCAGGUGAUUAAAGAGACUGUUCACGUAACUCAACCUCCUCAAGUCAUCAAGGAGACGAUACACGUCACCCAGCCUCCCCAGGUGAUUAAGGAGACUAUUCACGUCACUCAACCUCCGCAGGUGGUGAAAGAGACGAUACACGUUACUUUACCUCCUCUGCCUCCUCAGACAAUCCACGUCACUCAGCCACCGCAAGUCAUCAGGGAAACGGUGCACAUCACUCAACCUCCUCAAAUCAUCAGAGAGACUCUUCCGCCUCAAGUUAUUAAGGAGACUUUGCCACCUUAG